AUGGCUCUCCAACAACCAAUUCGUGCCGAACACAGCCGGGCAAAGAGCCAUGACUUCGUGAUGAUCUCGGAGACUCAGUCGGCUGCUGAAAAUGACAUGCCAGAGAUCUUUCGUCUUCCAGCUUGUCAGGGUCACAACCUCUACGAGAUUUCGGUCGACGAAUUACAACACCUUUUCACCUCGGGAUCGUUGUCCUCAGCUGACUACGUGCAAUUCUGUCUAGACAGGAUUCAAAGAAUCAAUCCAUACCUCGAGGCCGUCAUCGAGACCAAUCCCGAGGCCCUCGAUCAUGCCAGGGCUCUCGAUGAGGAGAGGAAGAAAGGAAACAUCAGAGGUCCUCUCCACGGGGUGCCAGUAUUAGUCAAAGAUAACAUGGCAACCGCGGAUCGCAUGCAGACGACGGGUGGUUCGUGGGUCUUGCUGGGGUGUAUCGUGCCCAAAGAUGCUCAUAUCGUCCAUCUCCUUCGACAAGCUGGAGCCAUUAUCCUCGGCAAGACAAAUCUCGACGAGUGGGCAGGGAUGAGAGGCAGCAUCUAUUCCUUGGGCUACUCUGCGCGUGGCGGACAGUGUCGGAAUCCAUACCUCCUGAAUCGAUCUGCUAAUGGUAGCAGUUCAGGCAGUGCAGUGGCCGUCUCGGCAAACAUCGUGCCCCUCGCCUUCGGAACGGAGACAGACUGCAGUGUUAUCAGCCCGGGCAUGGUGAACGGUGUGGUUGCCAUCAAGCCAACCGUCGGCCUCACUUCGCGAGGUGGGAUCAUUCCCAUCUCCGAGACUCAAGAUUCGAUAGGUCCGUACGGGAGGACCGUUGCCGACGCAGCUCGAGCACUGGACGUCAUCGCCGGCCCAGAUCCUGACGAUAAGUUCUCGGUCGUCCCCGAGAGACGACAACCCAAUAGCUACUGUGACUUCCUCGUCGAUCGCCACGCGUUGAAAGGUGCAAGGUUUGGUCUCCCCAUGAAGCGCUUCUGGGACGUCGCUCCGCACCCGCAAAAGGCUGUAGGCGAAAGGGCCCUGCAGUUGAUUCGGGAAGCGGGUGCAGAGAUCAUACCUGUCGACAUGCCCUGCGCCGAUGAGAGACUGGACGAAGACGGCAUUUGGGACUGGGAACGAUAUGGAGAAAGUCGACCAGAGAUCUCCGAGAUCACAGUCAGCAAAGUCCAGACAUACUAUCUCAUGAACGAGUACCUGGGCAAGCUCAAGAACACGCCGAUCAAAACACUCGAGGAUGUGGUACGGUUCAACGAUGAGAACCGCGGUUCUGAAGGUGGACACGAGGGCGACCUUCCUGCCUUCCCUGACGGCCAACGCUUGUUCCGCAAAUGCGUCGAAACAAAGGGCAUCAAGGACGAGACGUACUAUGCCGCGCUGAAGCACAUCCAGACGCAGUGCCGCGAGAACGGCAUUGACGCAGCGCUGAAAUGCCCCUCCAGUCACCGCAAAGGAGAGGCCAAAGACGAGACGCUAGACGCGUUGCUCUUCUUCGACGUCAAGGCUGGUGGGAUCCAGAUCGCCGCACAGGCCGGGUAUCCCGUCAUGAGUAUUCCGAUUGGUCUCGAUCCAGAUGGGAUGCCGUUGCCGCUGACGCUACAGCACACGGCGUGGAGAGAGGACCAGCUGGUGAAAUGGGCCAGUGCGAUUGAGGAUUUGUUAAAAGCACACAACGAAGAGAAUGGCAUUCCACCUUCAGCGAGAGCAGAGAGGAUGGGUCGAAUUCCUCCCACGUACAAGAAUCAUUUGAGAAAGAACAUCCCUAUUGACCCGGAUUAUCAAUGGCCUGGGAGACACCGAGACCAUAGUUCUCUUCUCAAUUAG